AAGCGUGUCAACUUUCGAAGCCGCGGCUGAAUGGUUACUUUGGUUACUUUGGUCGAUUUUGCCUGUCAUUUGCACAGCUGAGGUGGGCCUCCACUGAUUCCAGGCGCUUCCCCUUCCCCUGCUCUCUGGAUGACUUCAGGCAGGGUGUUGCGGUGGCAGCUUGGUUUAUAUUUCAGCCUAAAUACUGGGCACAAUGUUGGAGUUUGAAAAUCAGAUGUUGCUGGACCUACUUCAUGAAGAUGGUCUUUUAAUUGCUGCCAAAGGACUAGGUAUUGAAAGAAUCCUCAUUAGUUUGAUAACUACUUAUAAUGACCCCGGCAAUUUGGUUGUUGUGAUGGGAACAAAUCAGCGUGAGGAAGAGUAUCUGCUGGCCCAGCUAGAAGCUCAGUCUCUCACUCCUUUGCCACGAUGUAUUACUGCAGACUGUCCAGUUAAUGAGAGAGCACAAGUUUACCAUGAUGGAGGAGUGUUGUUUGUGACCACACGCAUCCUUGUGAUGGACCUUUUGAUGGAGCGUAUUCCUACAGAACUUGUUACCGGAAUAAUUGUAUGGAAGGCCCACAGGAUCCUUGAGUCUUGCCAGGAAGCAUUUGCAUUAAGGCUCUAUCGCCAGAAAAAUAAGACUGGUUUUGUAAAGGCACUGAGUACCAGCCCUUUAUCCUUCACAGCAGGAUUCUGCCAUGUAGAGAGAGUUAUGCGUAACCUCUUUGUCAAAAAACUCUAUCUCUGGCCUCGUUUCCAUGUGGACAUCAACACCUGUUUGGAGCGAUUCCACCCAGAAGUUGUGGAGCUCCACCUCUCAAUGACAUCUGCAAUGAAAGAAAUUCAAAUGGCAGUCCUUGACCUCAUUACAGCCACUGUACAGGAACUUAAACGAUCUAAUAACUCGAUAGAUACAGAAGAAUUCACUCCAGAAAAUGCCAUCUCCAAGUCUUUUGAGAAAAUGCUUCAAGUGCAGCUGGAUCCCAUUUGGCACCAGUUAUCUCCACGCACAAGAACACUUGUGGCUGACUUAAAAGUACUGAAAACAGUGUUGGGAUACUUGACACAGUAUGAUUGUGUCACUUUCUACAAUCUAGUGAACUCUCUGAGGACUACAGAAAAGGCCUUGCAGAGCUCAGGAUGGAUGCUUCUGAGUUCUGCAGAGACACUCUUCUAUUAUGCUAAACUCAGAGUAUUUGGAAGUGACUCAAAGAAAGGGAAAAAAGAAAAUGAUAAUGCAAGUUCUUCAAAAAAUAUGAAUGAUUUCCACCUAGAAGUGAAUCCAAAGUGGGUUGCAUUGUCAGAGGUUCUGGAUGAGAUUCAACAAGAAGUGAGUGAGUCAAAGGACAUGGAGAAAUGUCUCGUGGUGACUCAAGAUGAUCGCACUUCUCUGCAGCUGAGAGAGUAUUUGGUGUCUGGUUCUGAAGUAGUCCUUCAGCGUCUCUUAUACCAGACACUUGGACAGAAACUGGGUCUUCGUCAGCCUGAAUGCAAUUUGAAUACUGUAAAAACAAACAAAGGUAGCAUAAACCAAAGAAAUGAGAAGAGAAGCUUAAACAAAAGUGAUAAGGCUCAAAAAGAACCUACAAACAAGGGAAAGAAAGCAAAAAAGUCAAAAACAUCAGACAGUGGAAAAGGGAAAGAUAUCACUUUGACCCAAAUAACUAAGCGGUACAAUUUUGUUGGUCAUAGUGAUAGUGAAGAAGCUGGCUCUGACAAGGAAGAUGAUGAAGAAAGAAUACUCUCAAGGAGACAUUUUCUGUCCCCCCUGACACUGGUUCAGUCUCUCAAGUCUACCAAUGACCCUUUCAAAAUUACUCAGCUUUUGGAAGAUGUGCAGCCAAAAUACAUCAUCAUGUAUGACUCAGACCUUACAUUCAUUCGGCAGUUGGAGGUUUGGCAGGCACGUCACGUGGAUCGUGUGCGAGUGUAUGUUCUUGUGUACAAGGGCACCACUGAGGAGCAAGUCUACCUCACCAAUGUGAAGAGGGAGAAAGAUGCUUUUGAGUAUCUAAUCAAAGAGAAAGCAUCCAUGGUGAUUCCUGAGUACAAUGAUGGAAAGACUGAGGACCACCCUGACCUCAUUCGUGAUAGCCGGAGCGCUUCUGAAGUUGAGGCUGAUGAGAAAAAGGACACACGCAAAGGAGGUCAAGCUGAAACUGAAGUAAAAAUCCCUCAGAGAAUCAUUGUUGACUUGAGAGAGUUUAGAAGUGAACUCCCUGCUCUAGUUCACAAGAGGGGAAUAGAGCUUGACCCUGUGACCAUUGAGGUGGGAGACUAUAUUUUAUCCCCAGACAUCUGUGUUGAGAGAAAAAGCCUCAGUGACUUGAUAGGGUCUCUGAAUUCUGGGCGCCUUUACAACCAAGCACAGUCCAUGACCCGUUACUACAAGCGUCCUAUCCUACUCAUUGAAUUCGAUCAAAACAAGCCUUUCCAUCUGCAGGGUAAAUACUUCCUGUCCAGUGAUGCUUCCUCUUCAUCUAAGGAUGUGGCUGCCAAGCUGCAACUGUUGACACUUCACUUUCCUCACUUAAGAUUGCUGUGGUGCUCAUCACCUUAUGCCACAGCAGAAAUUUUUCAGUUACUUAAGGCUGGCAGAGAGGAGCCAGUAGUGUCAAAGGCUGAGGCUAUCACAGCUGAGACCAACCCAGAUGCUGCCUCUGAACGGUAUAAUCCACAAAUAAAGGAUUUUAUUUCAAAGCUACCAGGGAUCAAUACCCAGAACAUUUACUCAGUGUUGAAUAAAGUUUCAAGUUUACCGGAGCUGCUGAGUCUCUCACAAGAAACUUUGACAGAAAUUAUGGGCAGCACCAGUAAUGCCAAGGCCCUACACAGCAGUCUUCAUCAGUGUAUGAAGCCUCCAGAGCAGUUUCAGGAUGCAAAAAGAGGCGGCAGAUUCACCAAAAAGGGACAAAGAAGAUUUCAAAACAGAGUAACUCGAUGAAGAUGCUUGAUAAAUAAUGAGCUAAUAAAUUGAGUUUUAGUGCAGACUUACACAGUUUAGGUUAGAGAUAGCCAAGGGUAAUUGUAAAUCAAUUUAUAUCAUGACCAUCAUCAUCAUCAUGUAUCAUUUCACUGCAAACAUAGGCCUUUCCCAAAUAUUUUCUUAUAUAAGUUAUUUCUCAGUCUUUCACUCUUUUGUCCAUCUAGUGCCCCCCUCCCCCCCCUUUUCUUUCUCUCUCUCUCUCUCUCUCUCUCUCUCUCUCUCUCUCUCUCUCUCUCUCUUUGU